CUUGCUUUUGAGCAGCAAAUUUUGCCAGACGGGAGAACCUGUGAUAAAGUCCUCUGAAAGCGACCAUCUUCAGGGAAACAAACACACUGCGAGUCAAGACGAGAUAGAUGAUAUCCCGCAGAGUGCUGGAAGUUUACAGACCAUUAGGUUAGGCAAAGCAGAGCAAGGCAUCAUUCAAUUCUGAGUGUGAGGAGACAACACCACCACAGAGAAUGGUUAUGAGAGAGAUAUCCCUUUAUCUUUUGCUUGGUCAUCUCCAAGCUGCUGACAGUGUUCCUGUCCAGUGUCUGAGAUGUGAGAACCUACAAGUAAUAGAUGUUUGUGCUCUCUGCCCAGGCAUGUCCAUCUACGAUAUUCCACCAAACUGCACAAAAGACUUUCAGGUUUCUGUCAACAACACUAAAUCCAUGGUACAGGAGGGUGAUGACAUCCUACUAACAUGUGUCCAUAACCUCCCUAAUUUGAACCUGACAUUUGGGUGGAAGGAGGGGAAGAACAUCAAGAAUGGCCAAAAUGAAAAUGUUUGUGCUCUCUGCCCAGGCAUGUCCAUCUACGAUAUUCCACCAAACUGCACAAAAGACUUUCAGGUUUCUGUCAACAACACUAAAUCCAUGGUACAGGAGGGUGAUGACAUCCUACUAACAUGUGUCCAUAACCUCCCUAAUUUGAACCUGACAUUUGGGUGGAAGGAGGGGAAGAACAUCAAGAAUGGCCAAAAUGAAAAUGUUUGUGCUCUCUGCCCAGGCAUGUCCAUCUACGAUAUUCCACCAAACUGCACAAAAGCUGCUGACAGUGUUCCUGUCCAGUGUCUGAGAUGUGAGAACCUACAAGUAAUAGGUAAAGUAUCAGAUGUUUGUGCUCUCUGCCCAGGAAUGUCCAUCUACGAUAUUCCACCAAACUGCACAAAAGACUUUCAGGUUUCUGUCAACAGCACUAAAUCCAUGGUACAGGAGGGUGAUGACAUCGUACUAACAUGUGUCCAUAACCUCCCUAAUUUGAACCUGACAUUUGGGUGGAAGGAGGGGAAGAACAUCAAGAAUGGCCAAAAUGAAAGUACGCUGGCUCUUAAAAAAGUGUUAACUAAAAGCCAGUACAGCUGCUUUGUGUGUAGCCCUUUCGGCUAUUACGAGUCUUUGCCACAUGAUGUCUCUGUAAACAGCAACAGUGUGCUGCUCCUGGUGAUCUGUGGUGUUUCUGCUUUGGUCCUGGUCAUGUCUAUGGGGCUAGCUAUAAAGUUCAAGUUGAAAAGAGACAACGCAAAACACAAAAAGAGGAUGAAGCAGAGGGCACAGGCUGGGCAGAGUGGCGGUCCAGCUCCACUCACACCAAGAGAGUCCUAAAAAAAGAGCCAGUCUAUCACAUUACAAAAUAAUAUAUUCUGAUAUUGUUUCAUAAUAUGCUGUUAUAGUAUUUGAUGUAACAAUAAAAACUCUUUAUUUUCUGUC